GAAAUCUUUGCGCAUGCAUAUGAAAUAAACUGCAACCGUGACAAAAGUUGCGUAGCAAUAGCAUACUCUUACUCUGAUUCGUUAGUGAAGAAAAAUGGCAACAAUCAUCGCCGGCACCCCAACUACAUCAAUCACUCGCACAGGUCAUGUGCUCAAACGACCUGUUGGGGCCUCAUCCUCUACCGUUCUUGAUUGCAAACAUAAAUUGUACAGGAUUGCCAGCAAUGGCCAAGGCGGGGAGAGUGAGGUGCUCCAUGGAGGAAAAGCCUUCAAGCAGCUCAAACCUAGGGAUGGGGGCAUCCUUGUUAGCAGCUGCAGCUGCCGCAACCAUGUCAAGCCCAGCAGCCAUGGCUUUGGUUGAUGAGAGACUCAGCACUGAAGGAACUGGGCUUCCCUUUGGGCUUAGCAACAACCUUCUUGGUUGGAUCCUGUUUGGUGUCUUUGGUCUCAUAUGGGCUCUCUUCUUUGUCUACACUUCCACCCUUGAAGAGGAUGAAGAGUCUGGAUUGUCCCUCUAAACCCCCAUGUGAUGAUGCAUGUAUUGUAGAAAUUGCAAAGAGUUAUGUCCUUUUCUGUUGUAUUAAAAACUACUUGUGUAUCCAAUUUCAAACUUACUAAGUUAUUGAUUUCUUCUCAUCCAGAGCUUUCA